AUGGAUCCAGAUGUCCCAAGAGCUGCAAGAAUCGGUUUAGAGGCUGCCACUGCGCUAAAAGUCAAUGUCGAAGUCGUCAGUGUCCAUGUUUUGCAGCUGACAGGGAAUGUUUUUGAUUGCAGGUUACAUGGAUGUUCGCAGGACCUUGUGUUUCCUGCUGAUAAACAACCUCCAUCAUACCAUUUAGAUGAGGAUAAUGUGCCAUGUGGCCCACAUUGUUAUCGAUCGGUUCUGAAGUCAGAAAGAAAUGCUGCAGUUAGCUCCCCUUUGAAGGUUAAUAUUGAAGAAAGAUCUGUCUCAUCAUCUGAUUGUGCUGGGGCUCAGACAUCAUCCAGGAAGAAAUCUUCAGUUCUGUCUGCUAGAAGGCGGGUAAAAUCCUACCAAAGUGAAAGUGCUUCGUCCAAUGCUAAAAACAUUUCUGAAAGCAGUGACUCAGAGGUUGGCCCCAAGCAAGAUACCACCUCUACCCACCGCUCAUCACCCUCAAAAACUAAGGUGGUUGGAAAAUAUGGAAUACGUAAAAGGAAUAGCAAGCGAGUUGCUGAACGUGUUCUUGUUUGCAUGCAAAAGAGACAGAAGAAAAUGGCAGCUUUUGAUUCUGAUUCCACUGUGAGUGGAGUUCCUCCACCUAGUGAUAUGAAGCUUAGAUCUUAUUCACGCAGAGAAAACGAAGAUGCUAAUUCCUCUUCACAUAAGAAUGUUAAAUCUCCAAAUUCUGGAAGGACUAGGAAGAAGGGAGUUCAGGAUAGCCGCAAUUCAGUGCAGGGUGAAGUUCCCAUUGUUCUAUCGUCUGAGAUGACUACUGACCCACCUGCAACCAGCAGUAAUAGCACCUUUAGGAAAGAGGAGUAUGUGGAUGAGAACAUUUGUAAACGAGAACUAAGUGAUGAUAAAUCUUGGAAAGCUAUUGAAAAAGGUCUUUUUGAUAAAGGUGUUGAAAUCUUUGGCCGGAACAGCUGUCUAAUAGCUAGGAACCUAUUAAAUGGAUUGAGGACUUGUUGGGAGGUUUUCCAGUACCUGACUUCCUCUGAGAAUAAACUCUUUGGCGAAGGUGAUGCCGCAAAUUCUCUUCUUGAAGGCUAUUCUAAGUUUGAUUUAAAUGGAAAUAUGGGUAACAAUGAAGUAAGAAGAAGAUCAAGAUUUUUACGUAGGAGAGGUAGAGUACGUCGCCUGAAGUAUACUUGGAAAUCUGCUGCUUACCAUUCAAUUAGGAAACGGAUUACUGAGAGAAAAGAUCAGCCAUGCCGGCAGUAUAAUCCAUGUGGCUGCCAAACUGCUUGUGGAAAGCAGUGUGCUUGCCUUCUAAAUGGAACCUGCUGUGAAAAGUAUUGUGGAUGUCCCAAGAGCUGCAAGAAUCGGUUUAGAGGCUGUCACUGUGCUAAAAGUCAAUGUCGAAGUCGUCAGUGUCCAUGUUUUGCAGCUGACAGGGAAUGUGAUCCAGAUGUUUGUAGGAAUUGUUGGGUGAGUUGUGGUGAUGGUACUCUUGGAAUUCCUGACCAAAAAGGCGAUAACUAUGAAUGUAGGAAUAUGAAGCUUCUUCUUAAACAACAACAAAGAGUUUUACUUGGCAGGUCUGAUGUUUCUGGGUGGGGAGCUUUCUUAAAGAAUAGUGUUGGAAAGCAUGAAUAUCUUGGUGAAUAUACUGGAGAGCUGAUUUCACAUCGAGAAGCAGACAAACGUGGAAAGAUAUAUGAUCGUGAAAAUUCAUCAUUUCUAUUCAAUCUCAAUGAUCAGUUUGUUCUUGAUGCUUAUCGGAAGGGUGACAAAUUGAAGUUUGCAAAUCAUUCUCCAGAUCCAAACUGCUAUGCAAAGGUCAUCAUGGUUGCAGGGGAUCAUCGGGUGGGCAUUUUUGCCAAGGAGCGAAUUAGUACUGGAGAGGAACUUUUUUAUGAUUACCGUUAUGAGCCAGACAGAGCUCCUGCUUGGGCUAGGAAGCCUGAGGCAUCUGGGUCAAAAAAGGAGGACGCUGCUCCCUCAAGUGGCCGUGCUAAGAAGCUUGCUUAGUUUAAGCAUUUAUUAUAAGCUCAAAGUUUAAAAUUUUUACAUUCUUUUAACAUGUGGAAGCAUCAUUCUCAUUUACCUUGGAGAAAAGUUUGCUCUCCAUCAUUUUGUUGGAGAUGCAAUUGUCAUCUCCAUAGAUAAACCUAUUCAAUUCUUACUUUUGAUUCAUGUUUAUUCCAUUGCAGACUACAUCCACUAACUUUAGGAAAUUAGUUCAUUGGAUAAAGGGCAAUAGAAAAAGCAGUAUUAUUGACCACUUUUGUUUUGUUGCUCGUAUCUUCCUUUCUCUUUUCUGUGGAUAAUGUUUUUAUCAUGGAUUGCUACAAAAAUGUACUUCAACGCAUUACCUACAUU